AGUCAGUAAACAGCCAAGCAGCAUCUCAUAGUGAUACACCCCACUGGUGGUCUGUAAUAUAGGAUGGGCAUCAUGACAGUCCCAUGGAGCUUCUGGAGGUCCUGCUGGUCUCUUUCCCUCUUCCUCAUCCUGGCUCUGAACACACACAGCGCAUGGUCCACUCCAGAUUUCUCUGGUAAGUGUGUUUUUGGCCUUUGUUAUUGCUGUUAAAGAGAAAAAGUGGAGAAAAUAGAUACUGGUAUGGCUCACUCAGCACUACAUGCUGUGUAGAGAGGAAGCCUUCGCAAGACACUGGCCGCUUUCCAAAUGGCACCCUGUCCGCUCAUAGGGCUCUGGCCAAAGUUGUGCACUAUAUAGGGAAUAGGGUAUCGUUUGGGACUGUACAUUCCCUGAUUUUUCUCCUGGACAUCCUGUGCCAACAAACAAUGGCAGCGGUUCACCGUGAGAGACAAGAGUCAGGGUUAAAGCACCCUGUCCUCCUCAUUGACAAUAAUGUCAUUAUAAUAACCAUUAUAAUUCUGAAAAUAUUAUAAAUCUUGUUUACUUCUCAACAUAUCACUGAUAAUGGACAUGCGCGAUGAUCUGUUUCAACACACAUAUCAAGUAAUAGUCUUUUUUUGUAGUUAAAUAAGAAUGACAUAGACACCCGUUUGAGAUGAUAGCAGUGAUAUACACUCAGUGGUCAGUUUAUUAAGUACACCAUCCCCGUUCACGAAAAUGGUUCGCUCAUACACACAGUGAGUCACGUGGCCAUGGCUUUCUAUAUAAAGCAGGCAGACAGGCAUCGAGGCAUUCAGUUACUGUUUAUUUGAACGUUAGAAUGGGCAAAAUGAGUCACGUAAGCGACUUUCAGCGUUGCAUGAUCGUCGGUGCCAGGGGUGCCGGUUCCAGCAUCUCAGAAAUGUCUGGCUUCCUGGGCUUUUCACGCACAACAGUGUCUAGGGCUUACCGAGAAUGGUGCGACAAACAAAAAACAUCCAGUCAACGGCAGUCCUGUGGGCGAAAACAGCUCGUUGAUGAGAGUUUUAAGGAGAAUGGCAAGAAUCGUGCAAGCUAACAGGCGGGCCACAAACAGGCAAAUAACGGCAUCUCGGAACGCACAACUCGUCGGUCUUUACCACGGACAGGCUAUUGCUGCACACCACCACACUGGGUUCCACUCCUAUCAGCUAAAAACAAGAAGAAGCAUCUCCAGUGGGCACGCAAUCAACAACACAGAACAAUUGAGGAGUGGAAAAACAUCGUCUUGUACGAUGAAUCCCGGUUCCUGUUGUAUCAUGCUGAUGGCAGUAAGGAUUUGGCGUAAGCAGAAUGAGUCAAUGGCCCCAUCCUGCCUGGUGUCAAUAGUACAGGCUGGUGGCAGUGGUGUAAUGGUGUGGGGACGUUUUUCCUGGCACAUGUUAGGGUCCCUUGAUACCAAUUGAGCAAUGUUUCCAUGCCCCGAAGAAUUCAGGCUGUUCUGGAGGCAAAGGGGGGUCCGACCUGGUACUAGAUGGGUGUACGUAAUAAAAUGUGUAUUUGUGUUGUCCUGGUUGCAUCUUCAUUGAUGAAUGCCAGACACAUCAGAAUGACAACAAACAGAGAUGUUACAUGAUGAUUUAUUUGGACAAGAUAGACAGCCAGUCCAUGCGGGGGUGACCACCACUGACCAGUGUUGCCUUUGUCUGGGCCUUACAAUUGUCACUCCAUCUCUAUAUCUGACCAUUACAGGGAUCAACAUCUGUGUAUGGGUGUGAGCUAUGAGCUGCUCUAAGAAUAGCUCAUUGUGAGGGAGAGCCUGGUACUGCCCUACUGUGGCUCUGUGGAGCUGUAUGCCAUUGGGGAACAAAAAAAAGAGACAGCCAGGAAGACACAGACAGGGGCCAGGGAUAUUCCUUGUAUUCAUCAUAUUUCUAUGGCCCAGGAUAUUAUUGUGACAAUAGGAUGAGGGCAAAUUCAACCAUAGAAUAAGAAUGACUAGAACGGAUAAUACCCUUUUAAGUCAACAUUUUGUCCUUUCUAGGGAUUCUAUUUCUAUGGAUCCAACUCUGUUAUGAACUCUGUUAUCCUAUGUGUUUGUGUAUCAUAGCACAACACUGCUCAGGAGAGCUACUCCCAGUGUUUGGGACACACCCUCUUGUAACCAGGGCUGGGUGACUAUGAGUACAAUGACACAGGACACAGAAUGUGCAAUGUGUCAAACUGUUGGUCAUGCUUCACAGAUUCAGCUUAGUCCUUGAUUAAGAAGCAUUUUCAGGGCCUCCCGAGUGGCGCAGUGGUCUAAGGCACUGCAUCGCAGUCCUAGCUGUGCCACUAGAGAUCUUGGUUCGAGUCCAGGCUCUGUCGCAGCUAGCCGCGACCGGGAGACCCAUGGGGCGGUGCACAAUUGGCCCAGCGUCGUCCAGGUUAGGGGAGGGUUUGGCAGGGGUAUUCUUGUCCCAUCGCGCACUAGCGACUCCUGUGGCGGGCCGGGCACAGUGUUUCCUCCGACACAUUGGUGCGGCUGGCUUCCGGGUUAAGCGAGCAUUGUGUCAAGAAGCAGUGCGGCUUGGCUGGGUUGUGUUUCGGAGGACGCACGGCUCUCGACCUUCGCCUCUCCCGGGUCCGUACGGGAGUUACAACGAUGGGACAAGACUGUAACUACCAAUUGGAUACCACGAAAUUGGGGAGAAAAAGGGGUAAAAUAAUUAAUUAAUAAAAACAAAAUAAAGAAGCUUGUCAACUAAUAAAAAGCUGAUUAAAACCACUCCCAGGAGAUUAGAUACAGAGCCUUCAGAAAGUACACUAUAUAUGCAAAAGUAUUUGGACACCCCUUCAAAUUAGUGGAUUCGGCUAUUUCAGCCACACCCGUUGCUGACAGGUGUAUAAAAUCGAGCACACAGCCAUAGACAAACAUUGGCAGUAGAAUGGCCUUACUGAAGAGCUCAGUGACUUUCAACGUGGCACCGUCGUAGGAUGCCACCUUUCCAACAAGUCAGUUGGUCAAAUUUCUGCACUGCUAGAGCUGCCCCUGUCAACUGUAUGUACUGUUAUUGUGAAGUGGAAACGUCUAGGAGCAACAACGGCUCAGCCACGAAGUAGUAGGCCACACAAGCUAAUGAAGCGCGUAGUGAGUAAAAAUCAUCUGUCCUCGGUUGCAACACUCACUACUGAGUUCCAAACGGCCUCUGGAAGCAACAUCAGCACAAAAACGGUUUGUUGGGAGCUUCAUGAAAUGGGUUUCCAUGGCCGAGCAGCCGCACACAAGCUUAAGAUCGCAAUGCCAAGCGUUGGACUCUGGAGCAGUGGAAAUGCGUUCUCUGGAGUGAUGAAUCACGAUUCACAAUCUGGCAGUUCGAUGGACGAAUCUGGGUUUGACGGAUGCCAGUAGAACGCUACCUGCCCCAAUGCAUAGUGCCAACUGUAAAGUUUGGUGGAGGACGAAUCUGGGGCCUGGGACUGUUUUUCAUGGUUCGGGCUAGGCCCCUUAGUUCCAGUUAAGGGAAAUCUUAACGCUACAGCAUACAAUGACAUUCUAGACGAAUCUGUGCUCCAACUUUGUGGCAACAGUUUGGGGAAGGCCCUUUCCUGUUUUAGCAUGGCAAUGCCCCCGUGCACAAGCGAGGUCCAUACAGAAAUGGUUUGUCAAGAUUGGUGUGGAAGAAGUUGACUGGCCUGCACAGAGCCCUGACCCAACCCCAUCGAACAUCUUUGGGAUGAAUUGGAACGCAGACUUUGAGCCAGGCCUAAUCGCCCAAUAUCAGUGCCCGACCUCACUAAUGCUCUUGUGGCUAAAUGGAAGCCCCCGCAGCAAUGUUCCAACAUCUAGUGGAAAGCCUUCCCAGAAGAGUGAAGGCUGUUAUAGCAGCAAAGGGGGGACCAACUCCAUAUUAAUGUCGAUGAUUUUGGAAUGAGAUGUUCGACAAGCAUGUGUCCACAUACUUUUGGUCAUGUAGUGUAUUCACACCCCUCAACCUUUUCCACAUUUUGCUGUGUUACAGCCUGAAUUUAAAAUUGAUUAAAUUGAGUUUUUUUGUCACUGGCCUACAUAUAAUACCCCAUAAUGUCAAAGUGUAAUUCUGUUUUUAGAAUGUUUACAAAUGAAUUAAAAAUGAAAAGCUCAAAUGUCUUGAGUCAAUAAGUAUUCAACCCCUUUGUUAUGGCAAGCCUAAAUAAGUUCAGGAGUAUACAAUUAUCUGUAAGGUCUCUCAGCCGAGCAGUGAAUUUCAAACACAGAUUCAACCACAAAGACCAGGGAGGUUUUCCAAUACCUCGCAAAGAAGGGCACCUAUUGGUAAAUGGGUAAAAUAAAAAAAUUGACAUUGAAUAUCCAUUUGCGCAUGAUGAAGUUACUAAUUACACUUUGGAUGGUGUAUGAAUAAACCCAGUCACUACAAAGAUACAGGUGUACUUCCUAACUCAGAUGCCAGAGAGGAAGGAAACCGCUCAGGGAUUUCACCAUGAGGCCAAUGGUGACUUUAAAACAGUUAUAGAGUUUAAUGGCUGUUAUAGGAGAAAACAACUUUGUCAUUACAACACUAACCUAAAUGACAGAGUGAAAAGAAGGAAGCCUGUGCAGAAUAAAAAAUACUCCAAAACAUGCAUCCUGUUUGCAACAAUGCAGUAAAGUAAUACAGCAAGAAAUGUGGCAAAGCAAUUCACUUUUUGUGCUGAAUACAAAGUGUUAUGUUUGGGGCAAAUCCAAAGCAACACAUUACCGAGUACCACUCUCCAUAUUUACAAGCAUAGUGGUGGCUGCAUCAUGUUAUGGGUAUGCUUGUAAUCGUUAAGGACUGGGUAGUAAAAAAAAGAAGAAGAAACGGAAUGGAACUUAGCACAGGUAAAAUCCUAGAGGAAAACACUGGGAGAUGAAUUCACCUUACAGCAGGACAAUAACCUAAAACACAAGACCAAAUCUACACUAGAGUUGCUUACCAAGAAGAAAGUGAAUGUUCCUGAGUGUCCGAGUUACAGUUUUGUCUUAAGACUUGAAAAAGGUUGUCUAUGAUCAACAACCAAUUUGACAGAGCUUGAAGAAUUUUCUAUAGAAUAACAUUCAAAUAUUGUACAAUCCAGGUGUGCAAAUCUCUUAGAGACUUACCCAGAAAGGCUCACAGCUGUAAUCGCUGCCAAAGGUGAUUCUAACAUGUACAGUAUUGACUCAGAGGUGUGAAUACUUAUGUAAAUUAGAUAUUUUUGUAUUUAAUUUUCAAUAAAUCUGCCAAAAUGUCUAAAAACAUGUUUUGACUUUGACAUUAUGGGGCAUUGUGUAUAGAUGGGUAAUAAUAAUAAUGAUUUUUUUUAAAACCCAUUUUCAAUUCAGGCUGUAACACAACAAAAUGUGGAAUAAGUCAAGGGGUAUGAAUACUUUCUGAAUGCACUGUAUGACAGGGUGUUUGUUUGACCAGUGUUAUAUUGUACUGUUGGCAUUUGGCUGAGAUUGCCUGCCUCUUAAAUGUAAAAUCAAUUAUAGUACAAUAUUUCUGCAUAAUAAUCCCCAUCCUUGCUUUAUAGGGCCUAUUUAUUUGAACAAUUUCUAUGUGCAAUUUAUGCUACAUUUUGAGAGGUGGUGAAUUCGAUCAAAAGCAUUGACAAUUGUCAGGUUGAUCUUUGAGGUCUAAGUCUCAUCUCCAUGCAUACCAUCUGUUCCUUUUCAGUGUACCUCCACACAAUACUAAGAAACCACACUGCUCAUGCCUGUGAUGGAGACACCCUGUCUAUCAAGUGUCCCUCCAGAACCUCUGUGUCCGUCCUGUCAGCGUUCUACGGACGCCGUGUCCCCAUUAAGAACUUAUGUCCCCCUGCGAACACAAACAUGACCGAGGACAACACUGGAUGCACUUCCUCUGUCGCUAUCCAGGUACAGUACAGUAAUUUGCCACACAGAGUUGUCCUCUAUUACUGAAAGCAAAACAGAACCCUGAGACCUAAGGACUUGCUCUUAAAUGUGCAUAUUUUUCUCUCACUCAGACAUUGUUGUAUUGUCCCUGCAGAAGGUGGUGUCAGAGUGUCAGGACCGGCGUUCCUGUCAUAUCCCUGUCAUUAGCCAAGUGUUUGGUCAGGACCCCUGUCCCCUCACCAGCAAGUACCUCAUAGUGUCCUACAAGUGCCGUCCAGGUGAGACUAGUCCACAGGGUUUGAUUGUGUGAGGGCAAAAAAAAACCUGUCAUAAACUGUGAUUGUGAGUUUAGGAGACUCGAACAGUACUCCACAACUGGAUACAUCAGAUGCAUCAGGAAAUGUAUCAUCGGACACAGAAUUAUAUUUGUCUGUUUCUAUUUAACUGAAUAGAAUAAUAUUAUCUAAUUCUAUUGAAAUGUACAGUAUUAUACAGUAAGUUUGUCAGUGAUCGAUACCGCUGUUUUUAUCUUUCAGAGCACCACCGUACUAGGUUGGUGUGUGAAAAUGAGAGACUGAGGCUGGUGUGUAAGAAUAACACUGUCCUGGCUAUCUACUCGGCUACAUUUGGCCACCUGCUGCAUGGGAGUCCCAACUGUCCUCAGGAAACUGCGCCACAGCCUGACAUGGGUCUGAAACCAUAGUCAUUGGUCUGAAACAGGGAACUAAAGUGUCAUCUAGUGGUCAAAUACUAGGAUGAAAAGAAUGUGCAUGUAUCAAUAUAUAAUCAAUAGUGUGUGUUACUAUGUUACUUACUACACGUGAGUAACAGAUGAGUAGGCAUGAAGUACAUGGACAUACCCUUGACCUAUGCAUGUUUUCAACCUCUAUAGCCUACUGUAUAUCAGAGUCAGACCAGGAUCAAAUACCUAUUUCAAAUACUUGUGCAUGAUUAAGCUUGGAGUUUGUACUUUUGGGACUAGACCAUUUGCUCAUUUGUACCAGACUAUAUCAAGCACAGCUCAAGUUUUGGAAAUAUUUGACUUAUUUGACCCAUGUCUGAUCAGAGUAUACAUCUAUCCUUCAGAGUGUCUGUCACCAUCUGCUCUGAGGAAGGUGUCACGCAGGUGUCAUGGCCGAGCCAACUGCUCAGUGCUGGCUGACACUCAGAAUUUUGGGGACCCAUGUUUUCCUGGCACCAGGAAGCACCUGAGAGUGUCCUUCACAUGUGGUAAGUGACUAGAAGUCAAAGAGCCACUACCAUGUGAGACACACAAACAUCAUGGUGUCUAUAACCCACAGUCGAAUCAAUUACCCAUUAGCCAUCGUUGAGCUGUAAACAUCAUACGAUUUGGAGUUCUGAAGAAAGAGUUUUUCAUAAAAUCUUGCCCUCUGUUUUCAUGGUCUCACCAGAUUACUGAGAAAAUGAUUCAGGAGAAAUUGAUCAAAAUGAACCCUCUUUUGCCUCACCAGUUCCUCGAUAUCUCUUGGAGGAUGUGGGACGGAGCGGAACAACAUCCGACCCUUUCUUGAUCUCAGACUACACACAUGGUAAGACACCUACAAAUACAUGUAUCCAAGUAAAUGUAGCUUCAGCUCAGAUACUAGCCAUGUAAUUAGGUCGGUGGACAAUAUGAUUUGCAGCCGUUAGGCAGAAGGCACAGUAAGUCCCCUCUCAUCUGCAGGAGGCUGGUACACUGGCCCCGGCGUCAUCAGGCCUCAAAACGUGCUUUAUACCAACUCUCUGGAAAUUUUUGACAAAAUACUGGGUAGGUCUAUUGUUUGCUGUGUGCAUGUAGGCUGGUUACUCAUUAGCAGGGCCUCUUUGUACUUUAUAUAAUAUGCCUUGUCUUACUUAAUGAUCAGCAGGCACCAAUCAUUAGCCUGGUCCCAGAUCUGUUUGUUCUGUAUAGCUGUAGGAGUUGGCAAGACAGCAAAACAGAUAUGGGACCAGGCCAACCAAUUGUAACUCUCUUGAUUGUAUAGCUGUCCAUAUAGGCUUUGUCUUCUAUCUAUUCCUCAUUGAUCAAUAUCAUGCUAGUUUCACCCCAGACUAGUGUAUCAUCCCUCCACCCACAGGUCUUCCAGAGAGAGUGGCCCUCUACUUUGUCUCAGGGAUCUGCGCCGGUCUAGUCUUCCUGCUCUGUCUGUUCGGCCUGCGCUCCACCGUGGUGAGAGACGUCAAGGACUUGGCAACAGAGCUGGGGGACGAGCUCAAGGCCAGCCGCAGACCCCGCCGGGAAGUCAUGGAGGACCAGUAUGACGACGACACCUCUGAUGCUUCCUCCUUCCGCCGCCUCACCCAGUCCUACCGUGCGGCGGAUAUCUUUAGUCCAGCGACCAUGACGGUGGAGAUGGUGGAGAGGGAGGGGGAGGAAAAGGAGAUGCCCAAGUUCGGAGACAUCUGGCCCCACAGGGACUCCAGCCCAUACGCCAUCCAUAAGAUAAUAGGGAAUAGAAUAGAAUAUCCAUAAAAUAAAAGCCUGCAGUGCCAGAGAAUAUAAUCAAAUUGAAUAGAAUAGACAUCAAAUAAAGGCCAGCAGUGUCUGAAUAUCUAUAGGUAUUUUAUUGUAUUGUAUUCUAUACUAUAUAUAAGAUAAAAGGCCUGCAAUGUCUGAGAAUCCACAGAGAAGCUUGUGGGAAUAGACAGCAGCAACACAUUAAUCAUGGACUGAAAAUGAAUAUUUAGUAGACAUUAUUUUCUUGUCAUUUCAUGUGAUCUAUCUUUCCUUAAUGUACGUUGUAUAUGAUAUGGUGACCUAACCUCAUUAUAAUUCAGAUAACUUGAGUGAAGCGCACACACAAUAAGAAGUUCAAAAUGUUUUUGGGUUGGUGGGUUUCAAUAAACGUAAUAACUUUUUGCCUAGAAGUUUUGGGAAAUUGUAGGCCAAUUUCAAUUGCACUGGGUCAAAUCAAAUGUUUCUUUGAUUUAGGCCUUUUUUGUACCAUUAAAUUGAUGAUCUUCGUGUUGCCUACAGUAAACGUUCCAGUAGAUGACGCCAUCCUCAAGCAGGUAGGUCCAGCUCAUGCUAUGGUAUGGAAAACAGACCCCAUUGUUCUCACUGUUUUUCUCACUCACAUUAUUGAUAAUCUUAGUCCAGGUAAGAGAUUAGUAGCUGGAAACACUUUUGAAUACAUGGAUCGAAG